AUGGACAUCAGAGGCUGUUUUCGGUGUUGGAAAUGGCAAGUAGUGUUUUCCUUUCUGCUCUGUAGCUGGGGCUGGGUCUCUGGGCAGAUUCAUUACUCGAUUGCUGAGGAAGCUGAGCCAGGGACAUUGGUUGGAAAUGUAGCUCAGGAUCUGGGUAUAAAACGUGCAGAUCUCUCUCAGCGUAGGUUACAUUUAACAUCUGAAAAAUUCCAAAGGUAUUUUACUAUAAAUAGGGAAAAUGGAGGAUUAACUGUGAAUAGCAGGAUUGAUAGAGAGACCCUGUGUGGUUCUAGACUGAUUUGUUUGCUGAAUUUGGAAGCAGCUGCUGAAAAUCCUUUCCAGAUUAUGAAUUUAGAAUUAGAGAUUCUUGAUAUAAAUGAUAACUCUCCGACUUUCUUAUCUAAAAAUCGCACUAUUGAGAUUACAGAAUUAUUAGCAAAUCCUGGUGCUCGAUUUGCCUUAGAGAUUGCAAAGGAUUUAGAUUUUGGUGAUAAUGGUGUCAGUCAGUAUACAUUAAAUACAAAUCCUUAUUUUUCUUUAUCUGUAAAGACUCACAAGGAUGGAACUCUGAUUCCUCAGCUGAUAUUAGAGAAGACUUUAGAUAGGGAAGAAAAACAAGAACAUAAUCUGAUUCUCACAGCUACUGAUGGUGGGGAGCCGGCCAGAUCAGGGUCCUGUCACAUAACAAUACAUGUAAUAGAUAUUAAUGAUAAUGCUCCGAUUUUUAAUCAAUCAGUUUAUAAAAUCAGUGUAAAGGAAAAUCUCCCUUUAAAAACUGUUCUAUUAACAUUAAAUGCAACAGAUCUGGAUGAUGGUGCAAAUGGGGAAAUUCAGUUUUACUUUGAUGAUCAUACAUUUGAAUCUGCCAGAGAGUUGUUUACUUUGAAUGAAGGCAGUGGAGAGAUUUACAGUAAUGGGAUUGUGGAUUUUGAAGAAUUAAAUUUUUAUGAAUUAUCUAUUAAGGCAGUAGACAAAGGAAUUCCCAAACUGGAAGGGAACUGUUUAGUUCAUGUAGAAAUAGAAGAUGUAAAUGACAAUUCCCCUGAAAUUACAUUUACCACAGUGACAAAUGACAUUCCAGAAAAUGCACCACUAGGAACUGUUGUUGGAUUUAUUAAUGUGAGAGACAAGGAUUCUGGAAAGAAUGGAGAAAUACAGCUGGAUAUGUCACUUAAUCUGCCUUUUAAAAUCAGACAAAAUAAAAACCGUUACUCAUUGGUCACAGAUGGGAAUCUGGACAGAGAGAAAAUAUCCAAAUACACUAUUGAGAUGACAGCAGUUGAUUUAGGGUCUCCUCCUCUGUAUAGUAAGACAACUGUUAUUCUCAGUGUCUCAGAUAUUAAUGAUAAUGCACCGUCUUUUACACAGUCUACUUAUAAUGCUUUUAUUAAGGAGAACAGUGACCCAGGUACUCUCCUGUGUACAGUAUCUGCUAUAGAUCUAGAUGAGGGUGAUAACUCUGAUCUGGUUUACUCUAUAGCUGAGAGCCAGGUAGAUGGCUCCUCUAUAUCUUCUUAUGUUUACAUUAAUUCUAAUAAUGGUAAUAUAUAUGCUCAGCGUUCCUUUGACUAUGAGCACAUUCAGGUUUUAGAAAUCAUUAUAAAAGUGGAAGAUUCUGGAUCUCCAAAGUUAUUUUCCAAUGUCCCUGUCUUUAUAUUCAUUUUGGAUACAAAUGACAACUCUCCCACUUUGCUGUAUCCAGAACACUCUGAGGAUCUCAUUGUACAAGAGAGGAUUCCAAAAUCUACAACUGCUGGUUAUUUGGUGACAAAACUCUCUGCCGUGGAUCUGGACUCUGGUCACAAUGCCUGGUUAGUCUUUAGUCUCAUUGAUGCUGCCAAUUCCUUGUAUCAUGUGUCUAAGUAUACAGGAGAGGUCAGAACUGUACGAGGAUUUCAGAACACUGAAAGUACAGAGCAACAACUACUCAUCUCUAUCAGUGACCAUGGGAAUCCUCCUUUAUCAGCGACAGUCACUGUACUUAUUACUAUAGCAGAUGAGGUUGUAGCAGAACCCCCCAAAUCUGGUAAUUUUAUCACUAAUUCCAAACCCCCAUCAGAUAUGACUUUGUAUUUAAUUAUUUCCCUAGUGGCCAUCAGCUUAGUGUCACUGGUUACAUUCAUUAUAUUACUGGUGAGAUGUCUGAGGAAAGAAAGUUAUGAUUACAGCAGCAGCUGCUGCUUUCUUAGUGGGUCCCAAUCCAAACCCUACACAGAUCAGUAUCAGCCGGCUCUUUACCUGAACACGGAUGGCACUUUAAAGUACAUGGAGGUCAGGAUGGUCCCUCCAGGCACACAAGGACAAUGUUACCAGACUAACUUUCCCCCAGCCCCUGAACAGCAAGAUUUCAGUUAUAUGAAGUCUCUGGAUUUUCACCAGACUAAAGAUUUGUCUAAAUGCAGCAAUAAUCCCUCUGAUAUGAGCUGCAUGAAUGACCCAGGCAAGGUGAGUUAUAUUAAAACUUUUAAUCCUUUGUUUCUUCAUUAA